AUGGAGGCGGCUGCAGCGGUUAGCGGUGAUCAGGUGAGUGCAGGUACAGGGAAGGAUGGGGUGGAGAGGAGGACGCAGAUGAAAGUGGUGGUGGCCAUUGACGACUCUGACGGUAGCUUCUACGGCCUGAAGCGGGCCCUCGAUAACCUCUUCAUCCCCAUAGCUACUGUGGGCUCCGCCACUCCUAAAGCCACCCUUGAGAGCUCGGGUAUGGUGUUUCUGGUUCACGUGCAACCCAAGUUCUUAGAAGAAUAUGGACACCCCAUUGAAGCCGGCGGAACCGUAUUUGAUGCAACGGCAGCAGAGCUGGAUACGGUGAAGAAAGCACAGGAAGAAGCAUCUGAGGCCUUACUGUGUCGAGCAUUACAGAUGUGCAUGGAUAAACUGGUGAAAGCAGAGACCAUAAUUGUUAGAGGAGAUAUGUCAAGCUGCGGAGCAAGUGCAUGCUGAUCUCCUGGUUGUGGGCAGCCGUGGCCUUGGCCCGGUUUUCAGGUAAUUAAUUUUUCCAAUUCUGCAGCACUUGACCCCUUUGAAUGCCAGUGAUUUUUCAAUUAAUACACAAGUCAUUACAUGUAUAGUUUCAUACUAUCAAUACAGAAGAUUCAUAAGCGAAUAUUUUUCGGUUCAAAGAUGGCUGGAAGCUGGGAUGAGCUGAUAGAAAAUAAUAUUUAUAACCAGCCAAUCACUUGUACUGUGUAUUGUCGGGCAUUUCUAGGAAGUGUAAGCGAUUACUGCGCUAAUCAAGCGAAAACUCCAGUCCUCAUAGUGAAACCACCGACGGAGCAGUUACCACCCUCCUGAUUUAUAUGAAAGCA